GCUUCACCUUCUUUGCGUUGUCUGGGCCUUACCUCUGUCCUCCACACUCUUUACUUCUUCAAAGUUUUUCUCUUUGUUUGUUUACUAUAAACUCUCUGUAGAUUAACGAAGCUCAAAAGCUUCCCUGUCUCCUUCUCUCAGGUAACUCUAUCUCAAACUCUUAGGUUAAAAAUCUGAGUAUGAUAUUUGUAUAGCUGUGAGAAGAUUGAAGGAGUUUUAUUGAAGAUGAAGAAACCAACAAGCAGAAGUCAAAGAGGGAGCAAAGGUAUCAAAGGGAAACACAUCCUGCAGAUAUGUGUUCUGCUUGGAGUUUGCAUCUGGUUAAUUUAUCAAGUGAAGUAUUCUCAUGAUAAGAAGAAAGAAUUUUAUGAGAAAGAUGGCAAGAAAUCGACCGUUUUGUUAUCAGAGAGCGAAGAUGGAUUGGUGAAGCUUGGGAGAAAAGAUCUUCUACCCGGUUAUCAUAACCAGAACGAGAACGAGAAGCAUGUGGAGGAAGAGGAGGAUGAAGAAGAGGUUAGCCGUGAAGAUGAAGAGAAAGAGAGCAAGAGUAAAAUAGAGAAUGGUAAUAAUGAGGAGGAGAAAGAAGAAGAAGAGGAAGUAGUUGAUGAGGAUGAAGAAGAUAAGAACAAGCAAGUAGAGGAAGUAGUUGAGGAGGAUGAGGAAGAAAACAAGCACGAGGAAGAUGAGAUUGAUGAACAAGAUCAAAGUAAAACUGCCGGAGAUACUGAUAAGGAUGAUGAGUUACUUGAAGAAGAGAAGGGUAGUGGUUCGAGUGAGAGCGAUGAGAAAGAAAAAGAGACUAAUCAUGCAGAUGAUAUGACCGUUGAUGAGGCACGUGAGGAGCAUUACAAGGCUGAUGAUGCGUCCAGUGCGGUGUCCCAUGAGUCUCGGGUACUGAAGACAGAGAAAUUGAAAGAAAGUUAUGGUAAUUCAACGGAAAGAGCCCAAGAGAACAAUUCCAAUGCCACUAUAAGCGAGGUUCAGGGUCGUACGGAACCUGUCUCGAAGUUAGGAGAAGCUGAAAGAGGCGAUACUGUAGAGAAAACAACCACAGAAGUGAAAAAUGGUGACAGAGAACCAUCCAAUUCUGAAACAAAGAGUAAUGGGCCUAAUGGCAAUUCGAUAGAAGCAGUUCUUGAAGCUUCAGGUCUUUUGGAGAAUGAAACAAAAAUCAUGCGAGAGCGGAGUCAAGAACAUGACAAAACUGAAGAUGGUGCACCACCUUCGGGAUCCUCUGAUCUACGGACUGUCUUCGCACUUGAGCAAGCCCGUAAUGUAUCCGAUCCCAACAUCACUGUCUCUGCAAACAUUACCAACAAAGAUUCCAUUCAAGAUGAGUCCAGGAGCUCAACUUCAGAGUCUUCUCAAAUUGAAAACAUCUCAGGCUCGAACACAACUGAGGUGAAGGAGAAUUCAAGGUUUGAGGGUGAUGAUGAAACAGGUGAAAAGGAAAGUUCAAACCUUUUUUUCACAGAGCAAACGGAGGAAGCAGAUGAUACUUCCGAAACCACACUAUUGCAAGAAGAGAGAGAUGCUCUCACUGAUCCACAAACUCUGCCGGAUGUAAGAUUAGAAGGGAAUGAAGAAGAUGAAGAAGAAGCGAUCGCAGCAGAAUAAGAAGCUCCCAAUGGAAAAAAGGACUAGUUUAUGUGAAUGUUCUCUAUGGGUUUUUCUGCUUUCCAGCUGUCAUAGUAAAAGCUAAAAACAUCAGUGCCUAUCCUUGUUGGUUUCCAAAACUGUAUAUUCAUCUUGAACUUUAGCAACGCAUUUGCUUU